AUGCCUCAGACAACAGGGCCCAGGCGCGACCGGAUCCGCGCCGUCAUCCCCGACGUCUACCUGGGCCGAUGGCCCCCGGGACGGCUCAACUCCAUGACGGACGUCCCCGGGGUGCUCGUGCACACGCAGUCCAUCGAGCCGGAUUCCCAGGUCCACACGGGCGUCACGACCAUCCUGCCGCGACGCGACUGGUACCAGCACUCGAGCUUCGCCGGCGUGUUCCGCUUCAACGGGUGCGGCGAGAUGACGGGCUCCCACUGGCUGAGCGAGACGGGCCUGCUCAGCUCCCCCGUCGUCAUCACCGCCACGUCGUCCGUCGGCGAGGGCUAUCGCGGAGUGACGGCGUACGCGUACCGCCGGCACCGGGAGCGCGGGAGCGACGUGGACCUCUUCGUGCUGCCCGUCGUGGCGGAGACGUACGACGGCUUCCUGAGCGACCCGGCGCGGUUCGCCGUCACGCCUGAGCACGUCAUCGAGGGCAUCGAGGGCGCCACGUCGGACGCCGUGCGCGAGGGCAACACGGGCGGCGGCACCGGCAUGAUCUGCCACCGCUUCAAGGGCGGCACCGGGUCCAGCAGCCGCCUCGUCCGCGGCUACGGCACCGACGGGCAACCCGUCGACUACACCGUCGGCGUCCUCGUCCAGGCCAACUACGGCGUCUCCGAGACGCUCCGCAUCGGCGGCGUCCCCGUCGGCCGCAUCCUCCAGCAGGAAGGCAAGCUGCCCGCCGGGCCGGGCCGGGAGGCCGGCGCCGCGGAGCCGCGCAAGGACGGCAGCAUCAUCAUCGUCGUCGCCACCGACGCGCCCCUGAUCCCCAUCCAGCUCCAGCGGCUUGCUGCCCGUGCAACGGUCGGCCUGGCCAAGGUCGGCGGCUACGGCAGCAACAACUCGGGGGACAUCUUCCUCGCCUUCUCCACCGCCAACAAGGUCCCCUUUGCGGACGCCUCGAUGGAGUCGCCGGCGGCGGGCGCCGGCGUCGCGGUCGACGGCGGCUACGCCCCCGCCGCGCGCGUCGUCACCAUGUCGGACAAUGACACCAUCAACGGGCUGUUCGAGGCUGCCGCAGACGCCACCGAGGAGGCCAUCUACAACGCCAUGUUCAUGGCCGAGUCGAUGACCGGGUACAAGGGCAGGCACGUACCGGCCCUGGAUCUGGACGAGGUCAAGAGAAUCGUAGAGUCGAGGCUGUGA